AUGGGUCAGUGUGUUGAGCUGAAAGAAUGCAAGAGACAUGAUGAUCCGCUACAGUGUCACCUGCAGUUUGGAAACAUUCAGAAGAGUGCGCAGAUAUGCUGUGAACGUAACCUGUGUCUAAAUAUUGUUAAUUGUAUUGAAGGUCAUUUCCUAUUAAAGAAAAAUUGUAAUAUUUUUGAGACACCUGAAAAACCCUUAAAGUCAACAUUAAGUUUAGAAAGCCAAAACAGAAGCUGUCACUUAUCUAAUUUUGUUGAGUUGAAUGGACAUGGAACAUGCUUUCUUCAUGGCAACGGUGAACAAUGUUGUACUGAAAUUACAUUACCUCUCAGUAUGAAAAGCAAUAAUAAGACCCAGGUCAUUCAGCAAAAGAGAACUCACAAUGUAGAGAAAACCUAUGCAUGCAAUGAAUGUGGGAAGGCCUUCAGCAAGAUGUCUGUUCUCACUCAACAUGAUAGAGUUCACAGUGAAGAGAAUCCUUGCAGAUGUAGUCUGUGUGGGAAAGGCUUCUCCAUGAAAAACUGGCUCUCUGAACAUCAUAAAAUUCAUGCAGGACUAAAACAAUAUGAGUGCACUGAAUGUGAGAAAACCUUCCCGGAGAAAUUAGAGUUGAAUAUACAUCAGAAAACUCACAUGGCAGAGAAACCUAAUACAGGUACUGAGUGUGGGAAAACAUUCCUCCAAAGGCCUCAGCUCACUUGUUAUCAGCACACUCACAAAGGAGAGAAAUCUUUUAUCUGUAGUGAAUGUGGAAAAGGCUUCCCAGUGAAGACCAAGCUGAUUGUCCAUCAACGGACUCAUACAGGAGAGAAACCUUAUAUCUGUAGUGAAUGUGGGAAAGGUUUUACAAGAAAGAGCUAUCUUAUUAUACAUCAGCGAUCUCACACAGGAGAGAAACCCUAUGUUUGCAGUGAAUGUGGAAAAGGGUUCCCAGAGAAGGUGCAGCUGGUUUUACAUCAACGGAAUCAUACAGGAGAGAGACCUUAUAUCUGUACUGAAUGUGGGAAAGGCUACAUCUUGAAGAAAUCUCUGAUUGUACAUCAGCGAUCUCACACAGGAGAGAAGCCUUAUAUCUGUAGUGAAUGUGGGAAAGGUUUUACCAGGAAGAGCUAUGUGAUUGUACAUCAGCGAUCUCACACAGGAGAGAAACCCUAUGUAUGCAGUCAAUGUGGAAAAGGCUUCCCAGUGAAGAGCAAGCUGAUUUUACAUCAAAGGACUCAUACCGGAGAGAAACCUUAUAUCUGUAGUGAAUGUGGGAAAGGUUUCAUUGUGAAGAAAUCUCUGAUUGUACAUCAGCGAUCUCACACUGGAGAGAAACCUUUUAUCUGUGAUGAAUGUGGGAAAGGUUUUACUGUGAAGAUAUCUCUGAUUGUGCAUCAGCGAUCUCACACUGGAGAGAAACCCUAUGUAUGUGGUGAAUGUGGAAAAGGAUUCCCAGAGAAGACCAAGCUGGUUUUACAUCAACGGAUUCAUACAGGAGAAAAACCUUAUAUCUGUAGUGAAUGUGGGAAAGGUUUCAUUGUGAAGAAAUCUCUGAUUGUACAUCAGCGAUCUCACACUGGAGAGAAACCCUAUGUAUGUGGUGAAUGUGGAAAAGGAUUCCCAGAGAAGACCAAGCUGGUUUUACAUCAACGAACUCAUACAGGAGAGAAACCUUAUAUCUGUAGUGAAUGUGGGCAAGGUUUUAUUGUGAGGAAAUCUUUGAUUGUACAUAAACAAUUUCACACAGGAGAGAAACCUUGUAUGUAUAGUAAUUGUGGGGAAAGUUUUACCACCUUGUAUGUAUAGUAAUUGUGGGGAAAGUUUUACCACUAAGAGCUGUCUGAUUGUGCUGUAGCAAUCUCACAGAGCAGAGAAACCCUUCGUAUGCAGUGAAUGUGGAAAAGGCUUCUCAGUGAAGACCAAGCUGGUUUUACAUCAACAGAGUCAUACAGGAGAAAAACCUUUCAUCUGUAGUGAAUGUGGGAAAGAUUUCAAAGCAAAGUAUCAUCUGAUCACACAUCAGCAAAUACAAGUAAGAAGCCCUAUGUAUGUAGGAUAUGUGAAAAAACCUUUACCAUGAAGACUGAUCUCACGUUACAUCAGCAAAGUCAUACUUAGGAGAAACCAUAUAUGUGCAUUCAAUGUCAGAAAGACCUUACCUUGAAGUGUAAUCUCAGUGUACAUCUGGCAAAUUCAUACAGGAGGGAAAGUUUCAAUAUGCAACAAAAAUGGCUAUGGCCUGAUUGGGAAAAGCAUGCUUAUUACACAUCUGUGAAUUUAUAUUAAGAGAAAUUAUAUAUUAGAAAUGCAUGUGGAGAGGGCUUCACAAUUACUCUGGGAGUACAUCAGUGAACUCAUAGUACAGAAAAUUUGAACAAAUAUGUGAAUAUUGUGAAGGGUUCAAGAAGAAGGCAUGCCUCCACAACAUGAGAGAUUUCACUGCGAAUAGGCUUUUUUUGCAUAUACUGAUUGUGAAAAUUUUUCAUUACCCAAAAUUGAUCUCAUUACCCAGCAGAGAAUGUACAGAGGAGAGAAACCCUAUGAUGGGAUGAUUGUGGGAAAGUCUUCACUACAAAGUCAGGACUCAAUGUUUAUCUGAGAAAAUGUACAAGAAUGAGGCCUUGUGGGUGUAGUAAUUUUGGGAAAGCUUUGGACCACUUGUGAAUCCUUCUGAAACAAGAGAAUUUAUAGUUCAUCCCUUUGGGGUAACCUCAUUGCCCGUAGUAGGUCCUUAAAAUAAUAAUGUGCAGUGAAGAAUAAUAUUGUGCAAAGAAUGUGGUACUGUGUUUACUGAUCAACUCCUUUGUAUUUUAUAUCAAUGAAAGUAUUUACAAAACAGCUCUUAUACAGUCACCCUUGAUGAAGAUAUUUGAGGACAUUGUAUGUCUGAAAAUUGUCUAUUGAGGUAAAUCCUAUAAAUUUGACAGAGGAAAUUGUCUAUUGAGGUAAAUCCUAUAAAUUUGACAGAGGUGGGAACCCUUUAGUGGAAGUAGACCUUAUCAUAUAAUCAUGAGGAAACAUGAAUGAAGGAUUAGUUCUAAUUGUAAGAAAGCAUCUCCUUAAUAGUAGAUGUCACUUCUAUAAAUAUUUUUCUCUGGCAGGAAAUAUGUUGUGG